UGAUAAAUUGACCUGUCUUAUAAAAAUAUUUUAGUUUAAUUUCAAACCUCACUCGAGAGCACAGAGAGUGUCUUAUACUUUAAAAAAGCAUUAUUUCUCUCUUUAAUAUAUAGUUUUAAUUUAAUAAUUAUUGUUUAGUUUUUUAAUUUAAUUUAAUUUGGAAAUAAUGCUAAACAUAAAGCUCUUUGUGUUUGCUCUGAUUGUUGGCUGUAGUUUAGUUUAUAGCAAAUGUCCGUCAAAUUUCUUUGACUGCGGUAAUGAUAGAUGUAUCGGUCAUUUUUGGCGAUGUGAUGGCGAAGACGAUUGUGGCAAUUGGGCCGAUGAACAGUCGUGCGGAAGUCCCACAGCUAAGACACGACACGAAAUCAUUGAGAAGCACUGUGCUGUUAAUCACACCCACUGUAAUGAUACCUACGGCACAUGUAUACCAAAUAAAUGGCUGUGCGAUGGUAUGGAAGACUGUUCCAAUGGAAACGAUGAAAAAAAUUGUACAAAAGACAGGGCCCAGUGUUCGGGAUUUUUAUGCAAUACCUUUGAAUGUAUUCCUUCGCGCUGGAGAUGUGACGGUAUUCCCGAUUGCGAAGAUGCCUCCGAUGAGACUAACUGUCCGUCAAAACCAAAACACGACAUUUGUGAUAAAGAGCACGGAUUUUAUAAAUGUCUUACCGGAGAAUGUAUUCCCAUCUAUAAGCUGUGCGACAAACGUAAAGACUGUCCGCAAGGAGACGACGAGGGAACUGAAUGUCGAUCGAGUGGAUGCCAUACCAAGAAUUGUUCACAACUAUGCUUUGUUGAAUCAGAUGGACCACAAUGUUAUUGUCGCGAAGGUUUCAGUUUGGGUAGUGAUAACACAACUUGUUUUGAUAUCGAUGAAUGUGAUGACGGUUUGAAAGGACUAUGCAGUCAAAAGUGUGUCAAUAUUUAUGGUGGAUAUAAAUGCAAAUGUAGUGAAGGAUACAAAUUGAUUAACAAUAGGAGUUGUAUUGCAGCUGAAGAGGAACCACUUCUGUUGUUCUCAAAUAGUGAAGGUAUUCGUGGUUUUUGGCUCCGAAGCAAACAAUUCUUUCCCGUUUUUCACUCAUCCAAACAAACCAUUGGAAUCGACUAUUUAGCCAAAAAAGAUAGGGUUUAUUGGGUUGAAUUAGACGAAACUCCUGGAAUAUAUUCAUCCACUCUUAUGGGUGAUUACUUCAAACCUAUUGUCACAAAAAACUUUAAAGCACCUGAAGAUUUGGCUAUUGAUUGGGUCGGAGAAAACAUAUACAUAACAGACGGAGACUUACAUGAAAUAAUAGUCUGUAAUAUUGAUGGAGAUAUGUGUGCUUCGGGUUUAUUUGGUGUCUUAGAUAAGCCACGAGCCAUAGUUGUCGACCCAUCAAACGGAACUGUAUAUUGGACUGAAUGGGGAGAACAUCCGGGAAUAUAUAUGGCGGGAAUGGAUGGUUCAAACAAACAUCACUUAAUAAACAAUAAUUUGAUCUGGCCAAACGGUAUUGCAUUAGACUCGGCAACUAAUCGAUUGUAUUGGUCAGAUGCUAAAGUCGGUAGAAUUGAAUACAUGGAUCUGAAGACAAAUCAAAGAGUAAUUGUAUUAUCAGACAAAGUUUUUCAUCCAUUUUCAUUAGACGUAUUUGAAGACUGGGUUUAUUGGAGCGAUUGGAUGACAUACUCAUUGGAUAAAAGCCAUAAACUGACGGGACAUAAUCAGUCAAUACUCAUACGGGAAAGGGAUGAACAAAUAAUGGGUGUCCAUAUAUAUCAUCCGUUAAUUCAAAAGCAAUCGUAUAAUCCGUGUUAUGUACACAAAUGUUCCCAUAUGUGUGUAUUGGCACCCAAUCGACGACAUACUUGUGUCUGUCCCGACAAUUUGGUCCUUUCUAAAGACAAGAAGACUUGUGAGAACAUACCGGAAGAAGUUUAUGAGAUUAAAGAAAAAGUAUUAAAUAUAUCGCACGAUAUGCUUACCAUCAAAGGUGUUGUCGAUGAACUUCCCGAUGAACUCGAUAUCAUUAAGAAAGAGCACAAAAUGUUGAUGAAUCGCACCACUGAUGAACAGUCAGCGAUUGUUGUGAACCAAUCCAGUGAUGACAAGAAGGGUUGGCUUACUUUUGGUAUAGCUGUUGGUAUUGUUACCCUAAUAGUUGUUUUGGUCUACAUUGUCAUCAAAAGAGAUGAUUACAGUUUUCUGACUCCCAGUGAGAUCCGUAACGUACUGUACAGUCGUGGCGACCAAAUCAGGACUGCAAUCAGUUUCAAUAAUCCUGUUUUUAAUAAGGCUUUCGGUCGUCACGUCGAUGACGACGAACAGCUCAUAGACGAUGACAUCAAUAGUCAACCCGAAGACAACAAAUACUGAUCUCCUCUAUAGACAUGUCAUAUGUAUAUAUAGUUUAUAAAUGAUUUUAUUAUUGAGUUUUUAGAGUUUUAUUAUAUUAUAUUUGAUUAUAUUAUUAUUAUUAUU